AUGCGCUCGGCCAAAGACAUGCUGCUGUUGCUCGCCCUCUCUGUUCUCGGCGUGCCACUGCUAUCGGGUGCCUCCACCGCCGACCGCAGCCCCGCCCCCGACCGGCUGGCUUCUCAUCUGGUGAGCGGCCUGGCGCAGGUCUGCGUGUCAGAGGCCCGCAGCUCACUCUGCGGUCCAGUGGAGCGCCUGGAGACGCAGCUGGAGGAGCUGCUGGGGAAGCUGCAGCCGCCACCGCCGUCCUGUCCACCCGGCUGGAGGCAGCAAGGAAGCAGCUGUUUCUUCAUCCCUCCUCAGACGGCCACCUGGCUUCAGGCGCACCACUACUGCGCCCAGCUGGACGGGCGUGCGCGGCUGGGAUCCGUCCACCCGGCUACCCAUGGACUCGUCAGAGAGCUGGUGGCUGCCAACGACUCGGAUCGCGUGUGGAUCGGUCUGAUCCAGCUGCCAGGACGGCGCUGGGGGUGGGUGGACGGAUCGCCUCUGGACUACACGGACUGGAGACGGGGUGAGCCCACAUUCCGAGGAGAGCACUGUGCUCAUAUUUACGGACCGAGGAAUAGUCUGGAGGGCUGGAAUGAUACAGAGUGUGACAGAGAUCGGCACUUUCUCUGUGAGAUUCGACUGGACCGACUGUGA